AUGUCGGUCUCUAUCCAGGAGCUAGAUAACACCGUUCGGGCCUUCUACGAGGGAAAAGGCGAAGCUCAAAAACAAGCACAGCAAGCUCUUACUGAGUUUAAACAAAAUCCCGAGUCAUGGGUGCUCGUCGGCAAUAUCCUCCAGGAGUCUGAAUAUGUCCAGACCAAAUACCUUGCUCUUCAAGUCCUCGACGAUGUGAUCAUGACACGAUGGAAGGUUCUCCCUCGCGAACAGUGUCAAGGCAUCCGAAAUUUCAUCGUCAAUUGUAUCAUCGAACACUCCAAAACGGAGGAUAAACUGAAGAGCGAGCGGGCCUUUCUCAACAAACUUAACCUCGUCUUGGUGUCUAUUUUGAAGCAAGAAUGGCCUCACAAUUGGCCAACCUUUAUCAACGAAAUCAUAUCCUCAUGCCACACGAGCUUGUCGAUAUGCGAAAACAACAUGGCCAUCCUCCGUCUGCUUUCCGAAGAAGUUUUCGACUACUCUCAGGACCAGAUGACAUCUACGAAGGCCAGGAACCUGAAAACAACCAUGUGCCAGGAGUUUUCCGCCAUUUUCCAGUUGUGCUCAGAAGUCCUGGAUACUGCAAACCAGAGCAGCUUAAUCAAAGCUACCUUGGAGACUCUGCUGCGAUUCCUGAACUGGAUCCCACUGGGAUAUGUCUUCGAAACGCCCAUCAUUAACACUCUCCUCACGCGGUUCUUGGACGUUCCCGAAUUCCGCAACGUGACACUCAAGUGCCUUACAGAGAUUGGGAGUCUUCAAAUUGGCCCGCAGUACUCAUACGAUGAGAAGCUUGUCCAGAUAUUCACAGAUCUGUUAACAACCGUGUCCAAGAUCAUCCCGCUAUCUCUGGAUUUGAGGGAAACGUAUGCGAACAGCAAUUCCCGGGACCAAGAAUUCGUCCUCAAUCUUGCUCUUUUCCUUUGCAACUUUUUCAGCGUUAGGUUACAUCUUAUCGAGAAACUCCCCAAUAGAGACUACCUUACUCAUGCGCAUUUCUAUCUCAUCCGAAUUAGUCAAAUUGAUGACAGAGAAAUCUUUAAAAUCUGCCUGGAGUACUGGACUCGAUUGGUCCAGGAGUUGUAUGAAGAGAUGCAACAACUUCCAAUCACUGAUAUAAACCCAUUGGUCAGCAUGGGAGUGAGCGGACUGUCCAACGGCGGUGCCCCCCACCCAAGUACACUUGCCAACUAUCCUCUUCGAAAGCAUAAAUACCAAGAAGUUCUCACCAGUCUGAGAACUGUUAUGAUUGAGAAGAUGGUUAGACCAGAGGAGGUCUUGAUUGUUGAGAACGACGAAGGUGAAAUUGUACGCGAGUUCGUUAAAGAGAGUGAUACUAUUCAGCUGUACAAAACCACCAGAGAGUGCCUUGUCUACCUUACCCAUUUGGAUGUAGUAGACACAGAAAACAUCAUGGCCGACAAGUUGGCCAAGCAAGUUGAUGGAACCGAAUGGUCAUGGGCUAACUGCAACACACUCUGCUGGGCCAUUGGGUCUAUCUCCGGAGCCAUGAAUGAGGAGACUGAGAAGAGAUUCCUCGUUACCGUCAUCAAAGAUCUUCUCGGUCUGACAGAGAUGAAGCGUGGCAAAGACAACAAAGCGGUCGUGGCGAGUAACAUCAUGUAUAUUGUCGGGCAAUACCCGAGAUUUUUGAAAGCACAUUGGAAAUUUUUGAAAACAGUUGUCAACAAGCUUUUUGAAUUCAUGCAUGAAACCCACGAAGGUGUCCAAGACAUGGCGUGUGAUACGUUCAUCAAAAUCGCGAACAAAUGCCGACGGCAUUUCGUUGUGUUGCAGCCUAGUGAGACUGAGCCGUUCAUAGACGAGAUCGUGGGAUCAAUGAGAAAGAUCACCUGCGACCUAUCCCCUCAGCAAGUCCACACCUUUUAUGAAGCUUGUGGCUAUAUGAUUUCAGCCCAAGGUCAGAAAGGAGUCCAGGAUCGUCUAAUUGAAAAUCUCAUGGCUCUGCCAAAUGCCGCAUGGGAUUCAAUCAUCAGCCAGGCAGCCCAAGACCCGUCCACGCUUCAGAAUGCAGAAACAAUCAAAAUUGUUGGAAAUAUAAUGAAGACCAACGUUGCGGCUUGUACCUCCAUUGGCAGCUACUUCUAUUCGCAGAUCGGGCGCAUUUAUCUGGAUAUGCUCAACAUGUACCGAGCAUCUAGUCAGCUCAUUUCAGAUGCCAUUGCCGCAGAUACAACUGGAUACGCCACCAAAACGCCAAAAGUGCGAGGGCUGAGAACAAUCAAAAAAGAGAUCCUGAAGCUUAUUGACACUUAUGUCGAAAAGGCGGACGAUCUCGAGAUGGUCAACUCUAGCAUGGUCCCGCCGCUUCUGGAGGCUGUUCUUCUCGACUAUAACCGAAAUGUGCCUGACGCCAGAGAAGCAGAAGUGCUGAAUGUGAUGACAACGAUCAUCCAUAAAUUACACAACCUCAUGGAUGAUAAAGUUCCCAUUAUUAUGGAGAAUGUCUUUGAAUGUACGCUUGGAAUGAUCAACAAGGAUUUCCAUGAAUAUCCCGAGCAUCGUGUAGGGUUCUUCAAGUUGCUGCAGGCCAUCAAUCUUUACUGCUUCUCUGCUCUCCUGAAGCUGGAUACCAGCCAGUUCAAAUUCGUCAUCGAUUCGUGCAUGUGGGCUAGCAAGCAUGAUAAUAGAGAAGUCGAGAACACCGGACUCACCAUGUGUCUUGAGUUGAUGAACAAUAUGGCGGACUCUGAACCCCAGACGUCAAAUGUUUUCUUCAGACAAUUUUACCUCCCGAUAUUACAGGAUGUCUUUUUCGUGCUCACUGACACCGAUCACAAGGCUGGCUUCAAAUCUCAGGCAAUGCUUCUUGCUCGCAUGUUCUAUUUCGUGCAGUCAGACAAGAUCCGGGAUCCCAUCUAUGCCCCUGACCAGGCUCCUGCAGGGACAUCCAACAGGGAUUUCCUCCAGGAGUAUGUCGUAAAUCUGCUACAGAGUGCCUUCAAGAACUUGCAAGAGGCUCAAACGAGACAGUUUGUUACUGGACUAUUCGUUAUAAAUGACGACUUCAACAAAUUCAAAACCCAUCUGAGGGACUUCCUCAUUUCCUUGAAGGAGUUUGCGGGUGAUAACACGGAGCUGUAUGCUGAAGAAAGGGAACAAGAACUGAAGGAGGCCAAGGCCGCUGAACGAGACCGAGCGAUAAAGAUAGGCGGACUUUUGAAACCCUCGGACAUGGACCAAGAGGAUGAGCUGUGA